AUGUUGGGCCGGGCGGCCUAUUUCGAGGCCCAUUAUGUGUCAGCUGAAGCUCAAGCAUGGAAAUGGUUGCAAGGUCUUGGUAAAAAUGCUGUUAUACAUUGUUAUCAACAUAGUUAUGCUAUUCCUUCAUCACAUCCAAGUAAAAUGAAUGCAAACGUAUGGCUUCAACAAUAUACAACAAUGUCAUGGCAAAUAUUUGAUGAAUUGUCAUCAUGGUUAUAUUCUGGACAAUUAGUUACAAUACCAAUGAUGUGUUCAUGUAAAACAAAUUUAAAAUCAUAUGUAUGUAAACAUGCUCUUGGCAUGAUGAUUCAUUUAGACUAUUAUUUUGUUCAAGACCCAUCAAAGUUAGAAAAUUUCAGCAAAAAACGUGGUAGACCUAAAAAGACACGUUUAGCAUUAAUCAAAUAA